AAUUGAGAGUUUCGCAAGAGAUCAAUAUUCUUUUCUAGCCAAUCCAAAGAGAAUCACAGUACAGAUCUUUGAAGACAAAAUUCAUUACGUAGAUUGUGUAUAUUCUAUAUUCGAUGUCCCGAAACCGGGAUAUCAGGGGGUUCUUCGGAAAGCCUUCCGCCCGGAGCAGCUCUCAAUCUCUACCGGUUAUCAAGUCGUCUCCGCCGGUACAACUAGAUCCGCAAUCGUCAAUUUCAACCCCCAGGACCCCUAGGACACCCCCGAAAUCCACACCGAAGCUUAGAGAUCGGACCGAUGAAAUCAAAGGAUCCGAUGAUGAGGACGGCGAUUCGGAUGACUCUCUCGAAUCAAUCACCGCCUUCAUAGAACGCAAACAUGGCCCUGUUCCCUACCAGAGAGAUCCAAAUCUAACUUGCUCACCAAAGGCCAAGAGAAUAGCUUCUGCUUCAACGUCCAAUAUCAGGUCUCCGUUAACAAUACAGCCCAAACACAAGUUUGACUUGAAAUACCUGACAGACCAUAUCCGGCAGUCUGAUCGGGUAGAGGAAAGUGCUCGGAGGGCCGAUGAACUCAUCAACCAGAGCGAAGAUGAUGGCGUUGAAUUUGGUCAGGUCUUAGAGGAAGUGCAGAAAGACCGGUCGUUAUUACAGAAAACAGCUAAGGAGCUUCUCGACGAUGACGAGGAAGACACCAAGGGCGACAAGCUUAUGAGAGCUAUGAACCGUACCAAAAUAGACGGAUCUCGCAGGGUGUGCUACUUCUUUAAUCUAGAGCAGCCCCUAUUGAAGCCCCCUAGAAAGCCUUUUCCAUCUAAGGGGUCAAGAGGGCAUUGGCGCUGUCUCGCUGAUCCAAGUACACGAAACCAAGCCAUCAUAUUCGGGUUGCCACAUGCUAUUAUCUCCAAAGGCAGGAAGCUCCCAGACGAACUCUUCCUCUGGGUCCUAGAUGAGGUUUGCGUUGAGAAGAAUGCCCAGCUACGGGUGCAAUAUGGAAACCUGAUAACUCUAUGCCCGGAGAGUAUCACUCGCCUUGUCACUACGGCACGAUUACAUUCUAUGCUAGAGAAGCUCGGUGGUCCCAAGUACUCUCCAAAGCAGGAUCAUGAAAAGGUUAAAGGCUUUCCAAAAGUAGAAGAUCCAUAUCCACGAAAAGACUGGACAGGCCUUAUUACUUUCCUAGAGCUUCUACAGCGGAUGUCCCCGUGCUUGAGCACUGAAAAUGCAAUAGGGGCUACCAAAUUGUUGCUACGCAUGGCUCUAGAUCCCCUAGUGAGCACUACAGUUCGCAUCGAACAUGCUGCGACGAUGGAAGCUCUUGUCGAUGUACUGCCGAAGCAUGGAACUGGUCAAUGGGAUGAAGUCUGCAAGACAAUAUCCUCGUAUCUCUAUGAAGCCGUAGAUGGACUUAGCAAUCAAGUAGUCCCUAUAAACUACAUGCCAAAAACUGCUACCAAACACCUCGACCUACGACGACGCAUGGCAGCCGUCGUGUUUUUCCAGGAUACCUCAUUCGGCCGCCAACCAGUCGACGAGGCCCUAACACUAGAUACUCUCAUAGACCGACUUGAAAUGCCCGACUUCCGCAUCAGCCAAACCACCGACUUCGAAGUCCUACGCGCGCUCAUCACGCUGCUGGACAUCGUCCUCAGCAGCGGCGGGUUUAUCAUGAAGCGGUAUCUCCCCACCACCACUAGCGUCACCGCCGACUCCAGCGCGCAGAGCGGAGAAGAAGACAGAGAUGCGAGUCGUAAGUUCGACGCCGACAUCGACGGCCUAACGUUCCGGCUCAAGAUCAUCCACGACAAGAUCCACGAUAGUACGUUGCUGUCCCGCAAGGUCGCCAAGGCGUCCAUCGACCUCGUCGCCAAGCGGUUGACCUACGCCGUCCGCACGCGGCCCCCGCCUAAAACCAGUAUCUUCGACCCCGAACCUAAGGAGGAUAAGGACCUGCCGAAGCAGAGGGCUUUCAUGAAGAGCUGGGCUCAGAAGAAGGCGGAUCGAAGUGCUGGUUCGGUGGUUAAUGGGAACGGAGGCGGUAACUGAGAUAGAGAUGCAUAGAGGGCGAUGAUGAGGGGAUAAUAAGGGUGUGUAGUAGAUUAGAGGGAACACAAAGUGUACACGGUGCAGA